CGCUCUGAGUCCAGCCGUCAGAUCACGUGACCCUGGGCCCCGCCCAUCAGACGCGCUGACAGUCACAUGGUGGCCGUGACGUUCAUACGGAUGACGUGUGACAAUGUUCCAGAAGGAAGGUAGAGCCGAGGUCCGGGGCCUCCGACGCCAUGUAGAAGCAGCAGCAGCAGCAGCAGCAGCAGGUGACAGCAUCGCUGCUGGAGGGGGCGGGGUCACAGCGUCUUCCGGGCAUUUCCUUGUGCCGGGCCGGGCUGCACGCUGAUGGAGAGACCCUGCGCCCUGUGACUCGCAGCUGCUGCCCCGACUGUCGCAGGAAGUUUCCUCCUCGCCUCCUAGCAACGAUCCGCGAAGUUCGAUGGUUGAUUCGGACCGAGAUGAGCCGCCCGUCCUCCGCCGGACCCUGUCCUAGCAAACCCUGCGGUAAGCAGAAGCAGCCGCCCCCGCCGCCGCACACCCCGUCUCCUGCUGUCACCACAACGAUCUCCGCUGCCUCCGGCCCCGCCGCGCCUCCUCCCUCCCCGGCGGCGGCGGCAGCAGCGAUUCCGGGGCCGGUCUCCCAGCAGCACCACGAGCUGACGUCUCUCUUCGAGUGCCCGGUCUGCUUCGACUAUGUCCUACCCCCGAUCCUGCAGUGCCAGGCCGGGCACCUGGUAUGCAACCAAUGCCGCCAGAAGCUGAGCUGCUGCCCCUCCUGCAGGGCAUCCCUGACCCCCAGCAUCCGGAACCUGGCGAUGGAGAAGGUGGCCUCCGCUGUCCUCUUCCCAUGCAAGUAUGCUUCUACAGGAUGCGCUCUGUCUCUCCAUCACACUGAAAAACCCGAACAUGAGGACAUCUGUGAAUAUCGCCCCUACUCCUGUCCCUGCCCCGGAGCCUCCUGCAAGUGGCAGGGUUCACUGGAAGCGGUCAUGCCCCACCUGACACAUGCCCACAAAAGCAUCACCACCCUCCAAGGUGAAGACAUAGUGUUCCUUGCUACAGACAUUAACUUACCAGGGGCCGUCGACUGGGUCAUGAUGCAGUUCUGUUUCAGCCACCACUUCAUGUUAGUGCUGGAGAAACAAGAAAAGUACGAGGGCCACCAGCAGUUCUUUGCCAUCGUCCUGUUGAUAGGAACUCGAAAACAAGCUGAGAACUUUGCUUACAGACUUGAACUCAAUGGGAACCGCAGGCGUUUGACCUGGGAAGCCACACCAAGAUCCAUUCAUGAUGGCGUUGCAGCGGCCAUCAUGAACAGUGAUUGCUUAGUUUUUGACACUGCAAUUGCACAUCUGUUUGCAGAUAAUGGAAACCUGGGCAUCAACGUGACCAUAUCUACUUGUUGUCCAUGAUACAUGUUUUAUGUUUUCCAUAAAGAAGAUGAUUAUUUAUGUGGCUACUAUGGAAUAGUGCUGUCUAGAUGUUUAUUUUUUAGUGACUCACUUUGGUUUUCAACAAGCAUAACCGUUGCCAACAUUUUGUAGUAACUUUGUAGUUGCAUAUUAUUGAGACCUAAAAAUUUCCAUAUGUACAAUCUUUAUUUUAUUUUUAUUUUUUAAUUCUUAAAUUAUUUACCAUAAAAAGUAAUGGCUGUCCUCUUUGAUUGUUGAAAGAAGAUUGCAGAAAAUAUUUAAAAAUUCUGGUCCUGCAGAUGGAAGUGUAGCAUUCUUGUAUGAUGCAGACCUAUCAUAAAAAGGUCAAACGCUUUGUACGUGCAGAGGAACUGCAUUGAGCACAUUCAACCACGUUCAACAGAAUAUUGCUGUGUAAUGUUUUGUGAGCAAUGUAAAGACCAAAUUUAUAUGUAUAUUUGUAGUGUCUGUGUUUUAUAAUUUAAAAGAUCUACAGAAUUGUCUUUA